UUAUUUCUCUCUAAUUUAUAUAUAUAUAAUUAUUAUAUAUCCAUAUAUAUGUAUACUGAUUUUUCCGGUUGGAGAUCGCUGUUGUUGUUGUUGUUUACCGGCAAUCUCCGGUCAUCGGAAUCUUGACAAGAAGACUACUUUUUUUUGUUUGGAUGUUUAUUGGUUUUGAGGGGUUAGUAGAUCCAAAAGAUUUGUGCUCCUAACUUUCCGGGUCGGGUCGGGUUGUGUGUGAAGAAAAAAGUUGAUUCGGUUCUGAAGAAAGUAUUUGAGAUGGUGUGUGAAAGCAUGGCUGAGGAUCGUAGUGAAGGCUCAGUGUCAAAUCCGCCUGUUAAGAUGGACCAAUUUCCCUCGUCUGCUGAUGAUUAUGCUCCCAAGGUUAGGAAACCAUACACCAUCACUAAACAAAGGGAAAGGUGGACUGAAGAAGAACACAAAAGGUUUAUCGAAGCUUUAAGGAUACAUGGACGAGCUUGGCGUAGAAUUGAAGAACACGUGGGCACGAAAACUGCGGUUCAAAUUAGAAGUCAUGCCCAAAAAUAUUUCUCUAAGGUGGUUCGUGAGUCGACUAGUGGUGAUGUGACUGAGGUGAAACCUACCGAGAUUCCCCCUCCUCGUCCUAAAAGGAAGCCGAUGCACCCUUAUCCCCGUAAGUUAUCGGCUCCAUUAAAAACUGGAGGGCAUCAAGCAAGAUCAGCAUCCCCAAAUUCAUCAGGAUCGGAUCAAGAGAAUCAGUCCCCGACUUCGGUUUUGUCAGCAGGGGGUUCGAAUAUAUUUGCUUCCGGUGAGCCGUGCUCACCAAACGAGAAUUCCUCCCCUGUUUCCUCUGCUGCUGAUGUUGUGAAGCCGGAAGGAUCAUCUCAUGAUGAUGAACCGGAGCUUUCACCAGAUCAAGAAAUAGUAUCUGCGACCCCAAUGAUAUUGGAAUCUGGAGGUGAAGAAAAAGAUGUGUUCACCAAAGAGAAUUCGACCGAUUGUGGGUCGACCCAUAGCUUGAAGCUUUUUGGGAAGACAGUUGUGGUAACCGAUACUCACCAACAGUCUUCCACUAAUUUAAUACAACCAAACAUGAUGCAUAUUAGUUCUUUACCCUGUGCUGCACCCUUGUACUACAUGCAAUUUCUUGAUGAGAACUCGGGAUCUUCCACCCCCAUUGCAUCCUGGUGGGGUCCCUACGGAGGUUUAUCUUACCCUUUAGUUCAACCGUGUAAUCCAAUUAUACCAACGAAGGGAAGUUGUUCAGAAUUGAACGAGGGUUGUUCAUUAACUGGGUCUAACACGAGUGACACAGAAAGUGUCAUGAAAGAGGUAAGAAAACCGAUAUUAGUGUUAGGGGGUGAAAGAUCAGCAUUUAAGAAGCAACAUAGAGGGGGUAAUACCGAUAAGAAAGACGCAUCUUUAAGAGGGUUUGUACCAUAUAAACGAUGCUUAGCACAGGGGGAGGCUCAUGCGGAUGGAGAAGACAGGGAAGAACAAAGGGUAAGACUUUGUUUGUAGCCUUUUCGAGGCCAUUCGUUAAUGGGUUGGGUUUUUUUUUUCUUACAAACGACAUAGUAUUGGUGCACAGGGGCUGCUGUUCAAGUUGAGAAAAGAAGUGUAUAAAGGGAAGGAAGUGCACCCCUGUUUUUUUCUGUGUUAAUUUUUUGGUAAUUAAUGUAUUUGUACCUGACUUGUAAUGGUAGCUUUGUACCAUUUCUAUUGAUAGCCUUCUGGCUAAGUUAAUUUUGUUCAUUUGUUGAUGGUUACUGGUUUAAUGUUAAGCUGGAUUAAGACA